AGCAAAGCUUUUCGACUGUCAUUCUCCAUUAUUUUGCACAAUCUCUAUGAGUUGGCGCUGCAACAGCGCGUGCUCAAAUCAUGGCUGGACUUCAACCUAAUAUUUGGGCCGGUGUCGCGAUCCCAUGGCUCGCGGCUUUAACGUCUCUCAUUCUUCGUGUCUGCGCCCGGCGCAUGACAAAGAUGAGCUGGUGGUUUGACGAUUACUUCACCAUCCUGGCGUUCCUCUUCGCGACGGGAUACUGUGGCAUUAUGGUUGAGUGGACGCUACAUACAUAUCUCGGAGUCAACAUUCCUGACUCAAUGCCUACCGAUGAGCGUGAGGCAAUUCUGCAACAAGCACGAUUUCUGGCCUACUUCAACUCCCUCUGCUACGCUUCAUCAAUCGCGUGUUCCAAGCUCGCCAUCCUAUGUCUGUAUUGGCGUUUGUUUCGCAUUUCAUCCAUUCGCAUUCCAAUCAUGGUGAUGCUUGUUAUGGUGGUCAUCUGGAUAAUCCUUCGAACCUUCAUGCUCACAUUUCGUUGCGUCCCCGUCCAGUCACUCUGGGACUACACUAUUACAGACAAGGUCUGUAACAUCAACAGCGACCAGUUCUUCCUGGGAACCAUUACGACUCAUUUUAUCAUGGAUAUCAUCAUCUUGGUCUUACCUAUUAUUGAAGUCUUCAGACUUAGACUUCGAACGGGUCAAAAGCUGGCAAUCGGUGCUCUGUUCCUUCUUGGUACCAUUGUCUGCUUCGCAUCUAUGUUUGUGCUAAUUGUACUUGUUAACUACCCUGAUAAUACAACACAGAUGCCUCAUGACUAUGCCAUGUUCUGCAUUCUGGGAUCUGUUGAAGUCAAUAUCGCCAUUGUCUCUGCAUGCUUCCCUCUUCUUCGUCCAAUCUUUGUCCAUAUUCUCCCUUCCAGUUUCCUCAGUUCUUAUGGGAAAAGCAGCCAGCCUAUCAGCCGGCCGAGCAAUGCUAUCAAGCUUACAACACUUAUUCGGACAAAUAAGGACCGCGAAGCUGAUGAAACAAGCUCAACGCAUCAAUUGGCUGACAUGGAGAACGGACUGCAUUAUCAUUCUGGUGACGUGCAACGGACCGAAGGAGUGCAUACUAUGAUCUCGAGUGAACAGUCGGGUUCUAGUCCUGAAGUUGACACGGCGGGAAUCUACGUGCGAAAUGACACGGUCGUGGAGAUUAAGCAGGCUGGCCAUGGUGCCCUCGCAACGCCCAAGCAGGAUACCCUUGAGGUCGAUGUCGCCAUCGUCGGCGGUGGUGCAACUGGUGCUUACGCUGCAGUCAGGCUGCGAGAAGAUUACGGCAAGAAGGUCGUGGUAAUUGAGAAGCAGAACAGACUCGGCGGUCAUGUCCACGCUUAUAAGCCGAGCGCCAACGCGAGACCGAUCAACUACGGAGUCCAAGCAUAUCUCGACCGAAAGACAACCAAGGCUUUCUUCAAGCGAUUCAACGUUGGACUCAUCUCUCCCGAUCUGAUCAGCUCCGCCGAACUGUUGUUCACCACCAAGGAUGUUGAUUUCAACACCGGAAAGAAGGUUGAUCCCGACUACGGUGCUAUCAACUCCACUGUCGCCCUGGCCGCGUAUGCUGCGUUGGCCGCCACGUAUCAACCUUGGUUCGAGAACGGCUACUUCAAGAAGGGAGAGGUCCCCGAAGACCUUCUCCUUCCCUUCGGCGAGUUUCUUGAGAAGUACCAACUUGGAAGUGCCCUUUCUAUCCUGCGAACUCUUAUCUGGCUUUCCGACGCGACGCGUACCCCGACUUGGAAUGUCAUGGCUGUUGUUGGAGAGCCUCAGCUUGCGGCCUUCGGAUUUGGUCUUGCUGGUCCUACAUUCAAGUGGCCAUCGACAUAUUCUUCCGAGACACUCUACGACCGUGUCUAUGACUUGAUCAAGGAUGACGUUCUUCUUGAAAGCACAGUUGCCUGGAGUAAGCGAACUUCCCAGGGCUCAGAGCUCGUCGUGCAGACACCCUCUGGCAAAAAGACCAUCAAGGCCAAGAAGGUCCUCUUUGCGGCAACUCCAUCACCAGACAACGUUGGUUCUUGGGAUCUCAAUACCAAAGAGAAGUCCCUCUUCUCCAAGUUCUCCUGGGAGACGCUGUACGUUGGCGUCGUCGGCAAGACAAGCCUACCCAAAGACGUGACUGGUAUUAGCAACACCGCUGACAACGCCACCAACUUCUACCUUCCACGAGGCAACUUUGUCGAUGCCUACACUCGUGCGGGCGAGCAGGACCUGUGGACAACCCGUGUCCUUGGUCAGGCCAACCUGACGGCUCAGAAGGCCAAGGCUCUCAUCAAGCAGGUCUUCACCACCAUCGACAAGGCGGGCACUUAUGACGUGACCACUCCUGAUAUCGUUGCCUUUGCAUCUCACGGUUUGACUGUCCCCAAGGUCUGUGCUCAGGAGCUUGAGGGCGGAUUCUACAACAAGAUUUACGCGCUCCAGGGACAGCGCAACACUUUCUGGACUGGUCUCACUUGGGCUCCUGACUAUACCCCUAUUCUCUGGGACUUUACGGAAAAAUUGUUCCCCCAAAUCUUGUCUGGUCUUUGAGCGUGGUUUGUUGGUAGGCUAUUGGGGAGUGAGAUUUGUUACUUGCACGCUUUAUUUAGACAGCCAGUCUAGAGUUCUAUUCACUAUAAUGCAUUAUCUUA